AUGACUCAAAACAAGAUUCUCUAUUCUGCAAAGCUUGAGGAGAACAUGCGAAGAUCAGCCUACUUCGAAACAAACAAGAGAACCGUCAAAUCAAACAUCAUGCUGAAGUUUGUGACAAAGGCGAUGGAUAUCAAGCUUCGAGGUGAAGCCGAUUUCACGACUACUCUUGAAGAUCCGAUCAAAUUCUUGAAAUGUAUUGAACGAUUCAUGAAGAAGAGUGCUGAUGCUGAGUAUGAUUUCUUGGAUUUCUGGAAAGCAAAUCAAAAGUUCUUUGCUAUGAAGCAAGGAACAACGGAAAAUUUGAUGCAUUUCAAGUAA